AUGGACCGGUUGGACUGCUGGCCAGCAAGGGGCCUGUUGAGGCCAAGCAAGAACUGGGAACAGUGGAGUCUUGAAUUGGGGGACCAUUCUCCAGGCCUCAGGUAUCCGAGAAUCCCAGCGACGAAGAGGACAUGGGAGCCCCCAGGUAUGAGGGCCAGAGAUUGUCCACUGUCUUUAAGUCUUCUGAGAGAACCCAUGACUGAGUGAGCCUUCCCUGGGCCCCCCACCCACCCCAGUAUGGUCCAGGCCUGUGGGGGACACUCGAGAGCUCAGCCACCCACCGUGUAUUUGGGGACAGCCAUGGCCCAGCCUCUGCCUACCAAAGCGCCAGUCAAGAAGCAUGUACGACUGCAGGAGAGGCGAGGCUCCAACAUAGCUCUGAUGCUGGACGUGCGGUCCUUGGGGGCUGUGGAACCUAUCUGCUCAGUGAACACCCCCCGGGAGGUCACCCUUCACUUUCUGCGCACGGCUGGUCAUCCCCUUACACGCUGGACCCUGCAGCACCAGCCACCCAGCCCCCAACAACUGGAGGAGGAGUUCUUGAAGAUCCCCUCGAACUUUGUCAGCCCUGAAGACCUGGACAUUCCAGGCCAUGCCUCCAAGGACCGAUACAAGACCAUCUUGCCAAAUCCCCAGAGCCGUGUAUGCCUAGGUCGGGCACAGAGCCAAGAGGAUGGGGACUACAUCAAUGCCAACUACAUCCGAGGCUAUGACGGGCAGGAGAAGGUCUACAUCGCAACCCAGGGCCCCAUGCCCAACACCGUGGCGGAUUUCUGGGAGAUGGUGUGGCAGGAAGAGGUGUCCCUCAUUGUCAUGCUCACUCAGCUCCGAGAGGGCAAGGAGAAAUGUGUCCACUACUGGCCCACAGAAGAGGAAAUCUAUGGGCCCUUUCGAAUCUGCACGCAAAACAUGAAGGAAUGCUCAGAAUACACUGUGCGGCAACUCACUAUCCAGCACCAGGAAGAAUGCCGGUCAGUGAAACAUAUCCUCUUCUCGGCCUGGCCUGACCACCAGACCCCGGAGUCAGCUGGGCCCCUACUGCGCCUGGUGGCCGAGGUGGAGGAGAGCCCAGAGACAGCUGCCAGUACUGGGCCUAUCGUGGUCCACUGUAGUGCAGGGAUUGGCCGGACUGGUUGCUUCAUUGCCACUAGAAUUGGCUGUCAACAGCUGAAGACCAAAGGAGAAGUGGACAUUCUGGGUAUCGUGUGCCAACUGAGACUAGACAGAGGGGGUAUGAUCCAGACCACGGAACAAUACCAGUUCCUGCACCACACUUUGGCCCUCUAUGCGGCCCAACUGCCCGAAGAGCCCAGCCCUUGA